AUGGAUAGUUUCCCUCCAGCCAACUGUCGUUUGCAAAUACUAAUUGACGACCAGUGGCGUCAAGAAAACUUGUCAUUUGACGAAAUAGUGGUUCCCAUUAAAGAACUACCCGAUCCUGAGGCGGACGCCACCGAUGCUCAUUUGACACUUACCCAACAGGACACAAAGUGGACAGAUUUGGCUCUUACAAACAUACUUAGUGAUAAUCCAUUGCCUCCACCACCCAGAGUUUGA